AUCGAAUUCCCUUGUGGCGCACGAAGGGAUUCCGAACUCAAGAGAUUUGUCAAAACAAACUUCCUUAUUGUGAAUCCAAAAGAGGAACUUGUCUACGACCUUAGAAGAGUGUUGCGUGAUUGCAUUGUACAGAUAUCUGCUAUGACAGGAUGGUAGAGAGUCCUGGAACCUUACAGGAGCUGGUAGUGGAAUUCAUUGCCAGCCAUGUCAAGGAAGUUUGCACCUCACGUGUGUCUCUGGAUGACAACACCCACAGACUGUACUUCAGGGACUCCAAUGCAUUUUGUCACCAAAAAGUUGCAAACUUGCUGCUUAUGACAAUGGACAGAAAAGGCCUCCUAGAUGAUUUGAAUAUGACAUUGUUUGAUCCAGUGGUGCUGCGCCUAAGUCAAGUAACUCUACACAAUGCUAAUAAUGUAACUUGUAAGGGUCUCAGAAUACUAAAAAGUCAUCAAAUACAAUCUGUGGAAGUGAAAAACCUAUCAAAAGUUUCAGUGGAUGAACUUAUUAGCUGCUUUGGUGAAUGGACCCUCAAUAAUAUACAUGCAUUAAGUGUUAGUGGAUCUACUUUUACUUCUCAUACAUCAAAUGCAGUUUGUAAAGGAAAUACACUAUCAACAAAAUUAUAUGUAGGCCUUAGCAAGUUGAAGAAUUUACAUAUGUUGAAUGUCAGUGGAACAGAACUAUCAUUCCAUGCACUACUGAAUAUUUGCAAUGACCUGCAUAUGCUCAGUUCCCUUGAUAUAUCCAACUGCAGUAAACUGGAAUCAGUAGAGUGUCUUCGUAUCAGAAAAAACACCCUUAAAUCAUUGAACAUGUACAACCUAAAAGUGCUGCGUAUGGAAGAAACAAAACAAGUGCUGCUGGAACUAAGAGGUCUCAUCCACCUAGACAUCAGUGAAAACAAGGGCAGUCAGGACCCAAUUGACCGACUCAUGCCCAUGAAGCCUAUUGUACCUGACUUGCUCAGGGACACUUUGUUUGGCCCAAACCUCAGAUCACUGGACAUCUCAGGGCAGGACCAAACCAAGCUGGAGGAUCUACACUUCUUCCUCAAAGGCCACCCUAAGCUAGAGUUCCUUGGACUUAUGCUGACGUCUCUCUGUUUGGACACAGUAUUCCUUGAUGGCUACAAUAUCACAGUUACCGGUGUAGCACGUGCAGACCAAUUGAUAGAGGCACUCAAAAGAUAUCCAUCUAGAAUGGAAUAUGUCCCCAAGAUACUGUAUAAAAUUUUUAUGCUCACCACUCACUUUGAGGCACCGAGACCAGAUGUUAUUAAGCUCAUUCUACCAGUGAUGAAUAUGCACAGCAAGCAGAGUCCCAUACAGCUGGCUGGAACUGCUUGCUUGUAUAAUCUAACGAAAGGACAAGUGGGCGAGCAGAUUCAUCCUCACAUACUUCGAGAUGUAGUCCAUACAACCCUCACCGCAAUGAGUAUCUUUCCAGAUCAUGCUCAGUUGCAGAAAAAUGGUCUCUUAACUUUGUGUUGUGAUCGCAUUCUUCAUGAGGUUUCAUUUGAUAAGUACUGGUGUGCACGCCUUGUGUUGGACUGUCUCCUGACCUUCAGUGAUAGUUCAACUGACAGAAUGGCUGUUGCCAUUUGUUCCAUUCUUGCUGCAAAAAUAUCAACAGCUCAGACUGCCCUCCUUGGAGCAAAGAGUGUCUAUAUGCGAAAACUGCUGACAUUGGUUCAGAUAAGAAUGGAAGAGAAAUCUGUAGACAUAACACUGAAGUUCACCCUCUCAGCAUUAUGGAACUUAACAGAUGAGUCCCCAGCAACAUGUGAAGUCUUCUUGGCAGAAAAUGGCCUUACCCUUUUCUUGAAGCUUCUUACAGUGUUUGCCCAAGAUGCUGCUGUAGAGACCAAAGUCCUUGGCUUGUUAAAUAACAUAGCUGAAGUGUCCCCACUGCGAAGUGCUCUCAUCAAUGAACCUUUUGUUUCACAACUUAAGACACUUUUGUGGUCACCAAAUGUUGAUGUAAGCUAUUUUGCUGCUGGCAUUGUUGCACACUUGGUGUGUGCUGGACAUGACUCUUGGGAUGAGUCUGGCAUCUCAAAGGAGGACCUACUUGAAGAACUUGGAAAGGUUGUAACAAGUUGGGAGCAGCCUAAGGAUGAGAUGGUUGCAUACCGUUCCUUCCAGCCUUUCAUUCCAUUGUUGACAGCAUUGAACAUGCACCAAGUCCAGCUGUGGGCUGUGUGGGCACUGCAUCAUGUUACCACCAAAAACAGUAAGCGGUAUUGUCACAUGCUAGUACGCGAAGGAGUAGAUGAUGUUUUGCGAAAGCUAGUAGCUCUACCAGGAUCAAAUGCAUCAGUUCGGGAGCUGGCUGGAAAAGUUGUGGAUGUACUUCAUGAAAAUGGCUUUACAAAAGAUACCUAGUAACAGGGAAUUUUUAUUAUAAUAGAUCUGCUUCCUAUUAUUAUUAUUUUAAAAAUAUUUAAUGAAAUGUGAUUAUGCUUAGUCUUUGUAAUGGAAGACUUUCUUGCCCUCUGUUACUGCUGUCCAUAUGAUAUGAUGGAUUAUGUUAAUCAUACUAUUAUUACAUAAUUUUUGAUGUUGUAUUUAAAGAGUGCGAGGUAAAAAGCAUAGGAAUUGCUUUCAAGAUUAUCUGAAAUGCAUUGGGAGAGAAAAAGUUAUUUAAGAAAGGCAAUCAUAUCUAUCUAAUAUAUUGAGAUUAAUAUAAUAAUACAUGUAUACAUUACUAAAUGCACACACACACAUGCACAAGCACAAACACACACAAACACACCACAC